CACUUGGCUAGCACCCAUGUGUGUGCUUCCUUAAGCUGGCUAUAAAUCAUCAUCCCACAACACCAAGCCAUGCAACUCAUCACAUUCACUGAAUCACUGUUCUCUCUCUAGUUAAUUAAAAAUGGUCACUUAUGUCGUCACCACCACCUUGUUCCUCUUCCUUGCCAUGGCCAUCACCACCCUUUGCCUCCAAGAAAUUGAGGUGCUCCAAAUGGCCCAAAACCAUGUUUCUCAAGCCAAGAAUUUGAUUGGAAACUCUUUGAGAUUGCAUGGCUUGGGAAGCCUAAGUCUUUCUGAUCAAACAAGUGCUACAAUAGCCCUUAGUGAUUGUGCCAAACUCUAUGAGGAGAGUGAGUCUCGGCUCUCUCACAUGAUGUCUCAAGAGAGUUACUACGCCAAAGAAGAUGCACUCACAUGGAUGAGUGCUGUGAUGACAAAUCAUAGGACUUGUUUGGAUGGAUUGAAAGAAAAAGGGUAUAUUGAAGCUCAGGUUUUGGAUAGGAACUUGACCAUGUUGCUUAAGCAAGCUCUUGUUGUGUAUUCAAAGAAUAAUAAAGGCAAAGGGAAAGGACCACCUGAGGGAACAAUAUCCAAAUCAGAUUAUGCUGGUAUUUUAGAAUCAUGGAGUGAAUCAAGCUAUAAGCCAGAUUUCACAGUGGCACAGGAUGGUUCAGGGACACACGGAACAAUCCAAGCAGCAGUAAAUGCACUUGCUGCAAUGGGGCACAACCGUCCUGCAAGAGCAGUAAUACAUGUAAAAUCAGGGGUCUAUCAUGAGAAGGUGGAAAUUGGACAGAAACUGCAUAAUGUGAUGCUUGUAGGAGAUGGCAUAGACAAAACUAUUGUCACUGGCAACAGAAAUGUUGUUCAAGGUUCUACCACUCUGAACUCAGCCACAUUUGAUGUAUCAGGGGAUGGAUUCUGGGCCAGAGACAUGACAUUUGAGAACAGUGCUGGCCCAGAGAAGCACCAAGCAGUGGCACUCAAGGUAAGUUCAGACUUAUCAGUGUUCUACAGGUGCAGCUUCAGAGCCUACCAAGACACUCUCUACGUGCACUCAAAUCGUCAAUUCUACCGCGACUGCUAUGUAUACGGCACCAUUGAUUUCAUCUUUGGGGAUGCAACAGUGGUGCUGCAGAACUGUGACAUCUUUGUGAGGAAGCCAAUGAGCCACCAAUCCAACUUCAUCACAGCACAAGGAAGAGAUGACCCCAACAAGAACACAGGAAUUUCAAUCCAAAGCUGCAGGGUUAGGCCAGAUUCUGAGUUUCUCACACUCAAGGAAUCUUUCAAGACAUUUCUUGGUAGGCCUUGGAGGAAGUACUCAAGGACUGUGUUUCUGAAAACUGAUUUGGAUGGUUUGGUUCACCCUAGAGGGUGGGGUGAAUGGAGUGGAGAAUUUGCACUCUCAACUUUGUACUAUGGAGAGUACUUGAACACAGGUUAUGGUGCCUCUACACAGAAUAGGGUGAACUGGCCUGGUUUUCAUGUGCUGAGGAGUGCUAGUGAGGCCACACCCUUCACUGUGAACCAGUUUCUGCAAGGGGAAAGGUGGAUUCCUGCUACAGGGGUGCCAUUCUCUUCUGGAAUUUAAUUAAGUAGAUGCAUCAUGUUAAUUAUUAAUGGUUUAAGGUAUAUAAAUGUCAUGUUAUUAGCUUAAUUGACAGUGAUGCUUAGCAAUUAGCAAUGCAUCAUAUGCUAGAUUUUGAAAAUAUGAAGCUCCACGGAUUCUAAUAUA